AACUGUGCGAGCGAGCUCCUCGCUUUCGAUGUUCGCUUCCCCUUAAUUUUGUUUACAUCACUUCCUCCUGCUGAGAGCUGUCUGUUUUUGUUAUUGUUUUUUUUGCGACAAAGCAGGCUGGACCAAUAAGCACCCGGCGCGUGCCGUUUGUUAUGUCUUUGGGGAGGCUGGGAUCGCUGGGGCUGGUUGCCUCAGCGACUCGCGCCGCGCCAACACCAAAUCAACAAAGCAAGGAACGGCCGGACGGGUUCCUGCGCGCUGGCCUGGAGGGGGCUGGCUGGUGGGUGGUGGGAGGUGGCGGACAGUGCUGGGCGGGAAUAUCAUCACCAUUCUCCAACACAUCCUCCCCCCAACACCACACGAACACGUUCUCCCCACACAGUAGCCCCCUUCCUACUAUAUACUCUUCGCGAUUAUUACGCAGCGUGCUUCUGUUUUCUUUCUUUUGCAUGCAAGGGCUUAUUACUCCGCGUCGUUACGGCUGAUAUCACGGCCGCCUGAAUCCAGACGAGAAACGAAACGAAACGCCAUAGUGUUACACCCGCUUCCUUCCUGUCCUGACAAGUUGUAAGCGACCGCCCUGUCCGGGACAUACUACCCAUUACCGCCA